AUGGACAGCUACCAGGAUUUCGGUUGGUGCCGAACCUUCCAGGAUCGUUCCGGCUCAGCAGAACUGCCUAAUGCGUCGUCAACUGAGCAGGCCUACGAGGUGCCUGAAACCUGGACUACAACCUCAAGCGCCUUCAAUUUGAACGCAGGCUUCCAUCACCAUGAUGCACUCCUCAAUUAUCAUCUAGCACCUCAAUCUUAUGUCGGCUGGUAUGACUUGGUGACGCCGGUUGCGGUCGAGAGUUCCAACGUCCCCAAUGUCGCACCUACUCCCAGCCAUGCUAUAGACAACGCGCAUACAAACAUCCCGGACAUGGUCUAUCCUGGAAAUAGCUUUGCUGGUGUGGGAGAGAAUCACCUUGUCUCAGUCCACGAAGCCAUUAGUGUAGCAGCUGUCGGCAUUGCAACACAUCAGUCACAACCACAGGAGUCUUCGCGAGAAUGUGCUAUAAGACGUUGUCGAUUUCGUUAUACCACCCUGGAACAGUACGGUAUCCAUAUGCAAGCUAGGCAUCGACAUGCCCGUACAUGUGAUCGGUGCAAGAAAGUCUUUGACUGCCAGUACGAUCUAGAUCUUCAUAUCUCUGAAAUGGGUCAUGCCUCUUUGGUAUGCAAGCAUGAGGGUUGUGAGAAGGUGUUCGGUCGGCUGGAUACGUACCAGAGGCAUCAGCGCACUCACCAAGAGGAUGCUAAACGUUUUCCAUGCAAAUACUGCAAGAAAUAUCAAAGGAAGAACGGUUUCAAACGCAAGGACCAUCUCACUCAGCACGUUCGCAACUACCACCACAUCGACAAGGAAGAGAAGAGCGAGCAAUAUAAUUACGCUCGCCACUGGUGUCCAAUGAAAGGUUGCUCUGAAUACAAGCCAAAAGAUGCGACAUGCGAAAUGCCAUGUGCAUUCGCUUCAUCGAAAGCUUGGAUUGAGCACAUGCGCACUGUGCACGACAAAUGCGAAUUUUCUUUCCCGCAACCUGGCUGCGACCGCAUCAACGCUAAAGGCUACUUCCGUAAGUACGAUCUACGAGCCCAUCUUCGCAAAGUCCACGGCACAGACGGCUCUCUGGAGGAUGAUGACAUGAACUGA